AUGAUAGAUCUGUUCACGAGGAGUGGAAGGAUCUUGGUGAAUAACAAAGAAGCCAACAAAAAGCCUAUAGAGAAUGACAAGAGACCAACUGAGAAAAGGGAAGCUAGCAACAAAGAAGAGGAUGAAGCUGCACUUAACAAGAAGGCUCAAGAGAAGCUUAAAGAGAAGGAUGACCAGCCACAAAAUUCAAUAAAAGGGAAUCAAGUAAUAGAGGAACAAUCUCAAGAACAAAGGCAAGGAGUGAAGGCUCACACACCUCCGUUGCCAUAUCCUCAAAGGUUCAACAAGGAAACCAAGGAUCAACACUACCCCAAAUUCCUUGAAGUCUUCAAAAAGUUGGAGAUUAACAUCCCCCUGGCUGAAGCAUUAGAGCAGAUGCCUCUAUAUGCAAAGUUCUUGAAAGAGCUUAUCAAUAAAAAGAGAAGCUGGCAUGAGAAGGAAACCAUUAUGCUCACUGAAGAAUGCAAUGCUGUGAUUCAAAGGGGUAUCCCACCAAAGCUCAAUGAUCCAGGGAGCUUUGUAGUUUCAUGCACCAUAGGCAAGAUGACAUUAGAGAAAGCUCUCUGCGAUCUAGGUGCUAGUAUCAAUUUGAUGCCCCUCUCAAUGAUGAGAAAGCUUGCCAUCGAAGAAAUCAAACCUACCAAGAUGUCAUUAGUGUUGGCCGAUAGAUCAAUCAAGACACCCAAUGGAGUUGUGAAAAAUCGAUUAGUGAAGGUUGGAGAGUUUAUCUUCCCUGCAGACUUUGUGAUCCUGGACACAGAAGAGGAAUGA